CCGGCGUGCGCUCCCGGAAGCCGCGAGCGCGCAGGCAGCCAUGGUGCGUUUCAAGCACAGGUAUCUGCUCUGCGAACUGGUAUCCGACGACCCCCGCUGCCGCCUAAGCCUGGACGACCGAGUGCUGAGCGUCCUCGUACGGGACACCGUCGCCCGGGUGCACGGGACUUUCGGCGCUGCCGCCAGCUCGAUCGGCUUCGCGGUUCGUUACCUGAAUGCCUAUACUGGAAUAGUGCUGCUUCGAUGCCGAAAGGAAUUUUACCAGCUUGUGUGGUCAGCGCUUCCCUUCAUCACGUACUUGGAAACCAAAGGACACCGUUAUCCUUGCUUUUUCAACACAUUACACGUGGGAGGUACAAUAAGAACCUGUCAGAAGUUCCUGAUACAGUACAACAGGAGGCAGCUGUUGAUCUUGUUACAGAACUGCACUGAUGAAGGUGAGCGGGAAGCUAUCCAAAAGUCUGUCACAAGAAGUUGUGUACUGGAGGAAGAGUCGGGUGAGGAGCUUUCAGAUAGUGGUGAGGAGGCCACUGAAGCAAUGGAGUGAAGUUCUGCAGGCCCCAGCAGCAGGCUGCACUGUAGCCAAGCCCACUAGACAUUCUAGGAGACAGCAGCUUCUGCAGUUCUCCAAACUUCUGUUGCAAAAAGGGCUUACAGAAUUCGUGCCCUUAACCAAGUCUCUUUCCUCAUCUGCAUAGUCCUUGCUUUAGUGGGAAGACUACUUCUGUGGUAUUGGAUGAACUUGAGACUCCUCCCCCCUAAAUGGACCUGAGGCAGAUAGUCAUAUGGAAUUGUGAAUAUUGGUGAGACACUGUCACUAAACUUGCAUAGAUCUAUAGCCUCAGUAUGGAUCCCAUAGGACUUAACAAUACCAGGUGAUUCCUUGCCAGGACAUAUUCAUGCAACUUACCAAGAAAUCCAGCCUUUUAACUGUAAUCCUAGCACUUAGGAGGCUGAAGCAGUUGCAGUCCAGACCAGUCUAAGCUAUACAGCACAACCCUCUCAAAAAUACAACACAAACAGCUGCUGUACCUACUUUGUCACAAGAGGGUAUGGGAAGGGUUUGUUCCCCCCUUCCCUUUUUUUGGAUAACUGAGUUUGCUUUCGCCUUCCUUCCUCUCCCUCUUUUCCUCCCUUCCCUUGCUCACUCUCUCUGCCUCCCCCUUUCUUGUAAUGCAGUUUGAA